AUGGCUCCCUUCAGCGGGGGGCCGGAGCGGAUAGUCGUGGCCGUGAGCAAGGACCCGUCGAGCCGCGACGCCAUAAAAUGGGCGGUUCGGAAGAAGAUGAAGCGCGCCGAUGACAUGCUCAUCCUCCUGCACAUCGUCUCCAGGCUCUCCGCUCCAGGCGGGUAUGGUGGCGGGUACGGUGGUGGGGGGGCGGGCGGGGAGAUAUACCAGAGCGAGGCGACGACGGCGGCGUUCGUGGCUUACCUGCGGGACGUGGUGAAGCCCAUGAUGCUGCGGCUCAAGGCCGCCGUGGAUCCCAAGGUGCAGGCGCGCGUGGAGCUGAAGGUGGGCCGCAGCAACUGGCGCGUGAGGGGCAUUCUGGAGGAAGCCACGCGCCUGCAGGCGUCCAUACUCGUCAUCGGCGCGCAGCCCAGCCUCGACUCGUUCGGCACGGGGGCGUAUCUCAUCCGCAACAAGCCGCCACACAUGUCAGUGUAUGUCAUUCAGGCGGGCAAGCUGCUGGUGAGCCACGAGGCAGACGGGCACAUCACCGGCUCCCCUGCUGCCCUCGACGCCCUUGCUCUCGAAGCCGCCGCUGCGGAGGAAGCAGCAGGAGGCGGAGGGGGAGGGGGAGCGGGAGGGGGGUUUACGGAUGGAACGGGGUCCUUAUUGGGCAUGUCUCCGGGUCAGUUUCAGGGCGGAGGGCCCUUAUUGGUGGAUCAGCUGCUGGCUGCCGGCCUGCGAUUGGACACGCCGGCUGCUGAGCUGGCGGCGCUGCGGCUGCCUCCUGAAGUAUUAGAGCAAUUGCUGGCCGCACAGAUGACAGCUGGUGAGUCCACGUGGCAGAUGGUGAGUCCAGGUGGCAUGCGGUGCACAGGGUAUGAUGGCAUGGGGUACAGUCACAGUGGGGGUGACAUACCCAUCGGUAACCCUCCUGCCACCAUAGCUAAUGCCAACGACAGCAACGCCGCCAGUGCCAAUCGGCUUGGGCAGUUCCUCACUCCGCCUCGCUCUCGGAGUGGUACGCAUGGCCUGGCGUCUGUCCUCGCUAGAGACAGCCUCACUAGUAGCUCUGGCCCGCUGCCGCGCCUCUCGCCUUCUUUUAAGCCGUCCAGAGGGCGAUAUGAGGGAGGGGGGUAUGAGGGAGGGGGGUAUGAGGGAGGGGGGUACGAGGGAGGAGAGUAUGGGGCCGCGAAUACCUCUCCUGCUGGAGGGAGAAAGCUGAAGGCGAGUCGCAGCAGUGUUGACAGGCACAGGAGAGAGAGGAGCGGCGGUGCUGGCAGUUCUGGCGGUGGCGGUGUUGACUUUGUUGCCUUGGGUGCUGCUGCAUCUGGUGUGGGAGACGCGUCACGAGGGGCAGGCCGGAAGAGCGCAGCAGCGAUGGAGAUAGAGCAGAUGCGGCUACAGGCAAAGGAGGCGGAAACAGCCAGGCUGCACGCAGAGAGGCGGCUGCUGCAGAUGCGCGUGCAGGCACAGGCAGGCCGGGGAGAGGCGGCUACUGAGGCGAGCCCGUGGGGAGGGAGGGAGGAGGAGGGUGCAGGGCAGGUUGACCUUUUGGGCGGCAGCUCGUUGGGUAUGGACAAGGGAGCGGGCGGUGCAGAGGGAGGGGAGCAGCCAGAUGAUGACGUGGAUUUGUCUCUUUCCAUGUCAGAGCUCCAGAUCGACCUGCUUAGCCCUGGAGAGAACACGAGGAGGGGGGAUAAGCAUGAGAAGGAGCAGGAGGAGUGUGAGCGGGGAAAAGAGAGGGGUGGUGGGGAGUUGGGAGAGGUACAGGAGGAAGAGGAAGGGGAUGGGUGCGAGCUUGACCUAGGGCUUAGUCUAGUUUGGGGUUCUGUGGAUGAUGGGUUUGGUAAUAAUGGCAGGGGCACGGAGGGUGGUGACAGUGGUAGUGGCAGCGGCGGCGGCAGUGGCAGCAGGGGUAGUGGCAGUGGGAGUGGCAGCAGGGUUAGCGGUAGCAGUGGGAAUGUGGGGGAGGUUGUGGAGGAGCGAGAGAGGGAGGGGCAAGGGAAGGGAGAGGCGAAGGAGAAAGGAGGGGAUGGAGAAGGGAAGGGUAAAAGAGCUGGAGCUGUCAAGCAUGCCGCAACGGACAACUUCAACCAGAAGAACCGGCUGGGCGAGGGCGCGUUUGGCACCGUGUAUGGAGGGCGGCUGCACCACACUCGCGUGGCGGUGAAGGUUCUUAAAGCCACUGACGUGGUCAAAGCCACGAACGAGUUCCAGCAGGAGGUGGAGGUGCUAAGCCAGAUACAGCACCCACACGUGGUGAUGCUGCUGGGCUGCUGCCCGUCGCACCACUGCAUUGUGUACGAGUUCAUGGCCAGCGGCACUCUGGAGGAGCGCCUGCUCUGCGCCAACAACUCGCCGCCCCUCCCCUGGUUCGCCCGCCUCCGCAUCGCCGCUGAAGUCGCCUCGGCUCUCCUCAUUCUCCACGCACGCCCCAUCCCCAUUGUGCACCGCGACUUAAAGCCCGCCAACAUCCUUUUAGAUAAGAAUCUCGUCGCGAAACUCGGCGAUGUGGGCCUGGCGAAGCUGAUGCCGGGAACAGGAUCGCAGGUGCACACGCACGCGCAUGAUUCCGUCCCUGUGGGGACUCUUGCUUACGUCGACCCGGAGUUUCAGCGAACGGGGGACUAUGGGCCGAAAUCCGAUGUGUAUGCGCUCGGGAUUAUUUUAUUUGAUAUUCUGACCGGGCGCAAGCCGACGACUUAUGAGGAGUUAGAGGAGGCUGUGGAUGAGGAAGACGAGGAAGCUUUUGGGAAGCUUCUGGAUGAGAAGGCGGGCGAGUGGCCGAUCGGGCUGGCGAUGGAGGUGGCAAGGAUGGCAGUGCGGUGCAGUGAGAUGCGAAGGAAGAAACGGCCGGAUCUGGAGAGUGAGGUGAUGCCGCUGCUGGCGCGGGCGAGGGAUGAGGCGGCAGAGGCAGAGGAAGCUGCCGGGAAGGAGGGUGGGCGGUCGGGGGGGAGUGGGGAUGUGCCCAAGGGGUUGCUGUGCCCGAUCAACAAGAAAAUAAUGGUGGAGCCGGUGUUAGCAGCAGACGGGUACACUUACGAGAAAGCAGCCAUUCAAAUGUGGCUGGAGCGAGCCGACCUAUCCCCCAUCACCAACGAGCCCAUGCCGCACAAGCACCUCAUGCCGAACCUCGUGGUUCGGGAUUUGAUAGCUGACUGGACCAACAAGAAUAAACCUCGACCAAUGGGCGUCAAGCUUCAGAUUCAGCUUCUAGAGGCGCGCGGCCUGCCGCCCAAGGACAAUGGCGGUGCGAGAGACGCGUUCGCGCGGCUCCAGAUGGGCGGCUCAAAGGCGCGCAGCAGAACAGUAGCUAAGGAAAACGAUCCGACGUGGCAGGAAGAAUUUCUCUUUUCGGUCAGCGACAUGGAAAAAGACGAACUGCUGGUAACGGUGUGGGACAAGAGCGUCUUCCUGGGGGAGGAAUUUCUCGGGCAGCUUGUGCUGCCCGUGCGACAGGUGAUGGCGUGCGACAGCUACGAGCUGCAGGCGACGUGGUUCCCGCUACAGAACAGGGUCGUGCGGCCGCGCGCGACCGUUACAGGCGACAUUUUGAUUUCCGCCAGCCUGUGGGGCGUUUCGUCGUUAGUGGCGGAAUCCGCUUCCCCCUCCACCUUGCCAUCCAGCCCCCUCCUUCCGCCCACUCCUCCCCACUCCGCCCCUUCUGCUUCCCCGUCUACUUCCCCCCUCGCCGCGCCUUCCCCCUCGCCUUCCCCCAGCCUCAUCACCACUGUCAGCUUCGCCUUUCCUAGACCUUCUUCCGCCUCUCCCCUUGCCGCCUCUCCCCUUUCCGCCUCUCCCCCUUCCGCACCUCCCCCGCCCGCCCCUUCCCCGUCCGCCCCCGCCUUUUCUCUCCCCCUCAAGCCCGCGCUGCGCCGCCAUACAGGCCCCUCCGAUGCAGUCUCACCUGCUGUUCUCUCCCCGUGCAGAGAAGCAGACGAGGGGGAAGCGUGGGGCGGAGAGAAAAAGCUGGGAUCGGGAGAGGGAGCGGGGGAAGGGGAGGGAGAAGGCAAAGGAAAAACGGAAGGGAACGAGGAAGGGAAGGAGAAAGCGGAAGUGGAGGGUGAAGGGGAAGGGGAGGGGGAAGGGGAAGGGGAGGGGGAAGGGGAAGGCCAGGAAGCAUCGACCGGCCUUCAAGAUAACGAGGAGAGGGGUCCGGAUGGCACAGCAGCAGUUGUAGCACCAGCAACUGCAACAGCAGCAGCCGUUGCCAAACCGCGGAACCAGAUUCUCCAGACGCUCUCCGGGUCCUUAAAGCCCAACCCGCAGCAGCUACAGCAGCUGAAGCAGCGCCUGCACGCGUCCAAGCUAUCCGCAGCCUCAGCCAUCCGGUCCUUCGGGCACGCCGUGGAAAACAGCGUUGCCAAGGCAGGGCAGUCCGUGCGUGGUGCCAACGCCAAGGGGGGUGGGGUUGGGCCUGGGGGGACUUCCGGGGAGGAGGGGGAGGGGGAGUCGCGGAGAGGGUCGUUGGGGGAGGGUGACGGGGCGAGCGGGGAGCCAGGGGGAGGGGGAGAGGGGGGCACGGGGGAAGCGGGGGAGGUGGAGGUGCCGGGGGUGUGGUGGGAGCAGGAUAUGAGGGACGUGCCGAGUGCAGGGCCCAUGCCGGGAGAGCUAACUGGGGGCGGAGUGCUGGUGGAGCAGGCCUUUGAUGCUGCCCCGCAUGUGCUCUUUGCUGCCAUUUUCAAGCCCGACUCGCCCUUCUUCCAGGAAUUCGCCACUGAGCGCAAGCUGACACAAGUCAACAUUGGCCCAUGGUUUUUCACUGACAGCAGCAGUGACAGCAGUCACAUUGGAGCAAGGCUCAAUCGCAGCACAGCACACAAGGGCAUUAAGGCCCCCCCCGCCCUGUCCCCCCCUGCUGCUCCCAAAGGGGGCGGAGGGGCGGAGCAGCAGCAGCCGGAAGACGCAGACGCUGUGAUGCACCGCAAUGUAUCGUACAUGACCGCGCCGUCCUCCCUGGUGAAGUCAGUGCAGGCAACAGAGGAGGUGCUGUGUGUGCGGGCAGAUGCAAGAGGCUUCCUGGUCACUGUGUCUGCAAAAACCCCUGACGUGCCGUAUGGAGGCACGUUUGAAACACACCUUCAGUUCUGCAUCACUCCGCUUACAGAGGAAAGUGUAGGAGGAGCAGGAGAAGCAGGGGCCACAGGCGAGCAGAGCAGCAGCAGCAGCAGCAGCAGCAGUGGUAGAGUCCCAGCUUCUGCAGGAGGUGGUGAUGGGAGAGAGUCAGCCGCGGGGGGGGUGGCUGGUGGGGUGAAAAGUCAGCUGCGUGUGUCGUAUGAGCCGCAUUUCCUGCAGAGCACCAUGAUGAAAAGCAUGAUAGAGAACGGCAUGCGCACCGGCCUCAAGGACACCUACACCACCUUCCUCUCUGUGCUCACAAAGCAUGUCCCUCCCUUCGUCUCCACCACACCCUCCACCUCACUCUCCCAGCCCUCAAUCUCCCCUCCUCCCUCCUCCCCACUCGCCCGCCUCCUCUCCCUCCUCGGCGUCCCCCCCCACCUCCACCCCUCAAAAAGCGCAAUCGCUGAGGCUGCGGUCCGGGCGGCAGGCCCACUUGCGCUCUUUGUCUUUUUCCUUGCAGUGGUGCUGCUGCCGACGCACCUGGUGCUGGUUGCACGCGGCGGGGCAGGGGUGGUGCUGCCACUACUAGACCUACCGGAUAGCCUUUUGGAGCUGCUAUGGUGUGCCGUGAUUCUGGUUGCUACCAACCACGUGGUUGCCAUGGCACAAGGCAUCAUUGUAUCGAAAUAUAUCAAGAGUGAGUGGUGGGGAGCAGGGGUGGUGCUGCCUUUACUAGAGCUGUUAUUGU